GGAAACAUGGAAACUGAAACAAAAAGAUGGAAACGCAGAGACAAAAAACAGGAAGUUGGAAACAAGAAGACAAAAACAUGAAGACGGAAACAUGUGGACUGUUCCGUCUUUGUGUUUCCAUCUCCAAGUUUCCAUCUCCAAGUUUCCGUCUUCUUGUUUCCGUUUCCAUGUUUCCAACUUCCUGUUUCACUCAGUUUGUUCUCACACAGUUUGGUCUCAUCGAGUUCACCUGAGAGAUUCUGCAGCAGAAUAAAGUGAAACACCUGAAGGUGGCGCUACAGGCAGCAGCUUUUAUUCUGAAGGUGUUUUAAUGACAUCGUAUAAAAUCACUUAUAAAAGUUCUUAACCGAUGACUCAGUAAAUGUUUUCUCCACGACAUGUAAAUAUACAUAAAUCUGGCUGUAAUUAGCUCCGCCCCCAAAACCUCCAACACCAAUCAGAACAAACCAGAGCACAGGAAGGUAUUAAAUGUGGAGGUUCCUCAGUCUGUGUCUCAUUUUUGUGUAAAUUUAGUCAUUUUGAGUCCUGUUUUUUAGUUUUGUGUCACUUUUGUCCUUAUUUUUGACAUUUUGUGUGUUUUGUGUCAUUUAGUCCCAAAUUUUGUCUUUUUAUAUUUAACUUUUCCUAUUUUUGGUCGUUUCACAUGUUUUAAGAACAGUUCCGUCUCAUUGUCAGAUGAAAACUAGACUCUUAUUCAGAUUAGGAAAAGUCUGACUUAUUUGCUGACUGAUUAAAAUAUUAAAGAAUACAAGACUCAAAGGAAUCCGGUGGCCUUCAUCGUCCAAAUCAGUUCAGAAACUCUCCUGUUAUUAAUUAUUGAUUUUAUUAUUUUUAUUUUAUUUUUCUUUUUUCCUUCCAAAACACAUUUAAUUUAACAGGAAGUCACUUUCCAGCUCAUAUUUUCAGUAGCGGAAUUCAGCGACGUUGUGCACUUGUGUUUGUAUGGUGUGUGUAUUAGUGUGUGUAUCAGUGUGUAUUAGUGUGUAUAUCGGUGUGUGUCUCUUUAAGCAGCUCAAACAGCAGCUCAGUUUGUUCAGUUCGUCAAUGAUAAACCCUCAGCAGGAUCUCAGACCCAACGGAGCUGCCUGCAGGAUGAUUAAACUCCAGUGGUCGAUCAGCUGAAACUGACUCCAGGAUCAUGGCUGCAGUCGGAGCAGAACUCAGCGGGUUCUGGUUCCCAUCAUCUGGACCUGCCGGGUUCUUCAUCCUCCUCAUCCUCCUCCUCGUCUUCCUCAUGUCUCUCUGCAGCGACUGCAACAGACGUUCCUUUGAGCUGAAGGAUCCGGAGGUGGACAGAAACCCUUCGUCUCUGAUCAGAGUGGUGAAGCUGGAAGAAGGCAGAGAGAAUCCGAUGAUCGAUGAGAUCCAGAACGACGAGAAAGAGUUUGGUCCUGAAGGAGGAUUCAUUCCCUGGAGGAGCCACCUGGGGGCACCGCAGAGCCAAACAGACUCCGCCCACGUUUACGAUGUCAUCAACGGGGGGCGGAGCAGCAGCAACGACGCAUCAUCACUGACAGCCAAUCAGAGCGGAGAUCCCGACAUUCCUCCACCAGCAGAUUUAAACUCCGUUUACGCUCGAGUCGGUAAGAAGACGAACGUCAGUGACUCACCUGCUGGUUUACCUGGAGACUCACCUGGUGGUUUACCUGGAGACUCACCUGCUGGUUUACCUGGAGACUCACCUGGUAGUUUACCUGGAGACUCACCUGCUGGUUUACCUGGAGACUCACCUGCUGGUUUACCUGGAGACUCACCUGCUGGUUUACCUGGAGACUCACCUGGUAGUUUACCUGGAGACUCACCUGGUAGUUUACCUGGAGACUCACCUGGUAGUUUACCUGGAGACUCACCUGGUGGUUUACCUGGAGACUCACCUGGUGGUUUACCUGGAGACUCACCUGGUAAUUUACCUGGAGACUCACCUGCUGGUUUACCUGGAGACUCACCUGGUGGUUUACCUGGAGACUCACCUGCUGGUUUACCUGGAGACUCACCUGGUAGUUUACCUGGAGACUCACCUGCUGGUUUACCUGGAGACUCACCUGCUGGUUUACCUGGAGACUCACCUGCUGGUUUACCUGGAGACUCACCUGGUAGUUUACCUGGAGACUCACCUGGUAGUUUACCUGGAGACUCACCUGGUGGUUUACCUGGAGACUCACCUGGUGGUUUACCUGGAGACUCACCUGGUGGUUUACCUGGAGACUCACCUGGUAGUUUACCUGGAGACUCACCUGCUGGUUUACCUGGAGACUCACCUGGUAGUUUACCUGGAGACUCACCUGGUAGUUUACCUGGAGACUCACCUGAGGAGGCGAAGGGGAGGGAGGAAGAGGAGGAGCCUAAACCUCCGCUACCCGACAGACGGACAGAUAUGAACUAACCCUGGAUGGCAACAAAUGGAGGACAAAAAGGAAAAGAUGGAGGACAAAGAUAGACAGAAGACAAGAGGUGGAAGAUAAAGGAUAGUAGAAGGAAAAAAAGAAGGUCCACGGACAAAAAUAUGGAAGAUAAUGAAGAAAAAUGGAAGAAUGAUUGGAGAAAUAUGGAGGGUAAUAGACAAAAUUAGGAAUACUGAAUGAAAAAAAUGAAGGAUAAUGGAUAAAAGUGGAGAACAAUGGAAGACAAAACAGAAGAUAUUGACAGAAAAAUGGAGGAUAAUGAAAAAAAAAUUGAGGAUAAUGGAAGAAAAAAUCGAGGAUAAUGGAAGAAAAAAAUUAAGGAUGAUGGAAGAAAAUUAGAAGAUACUGGAGCACAAAAUGAAAGAAUACUGAAUGAAAAAUGGAGAAUAAUGGAAGAAAAAUGGAGGAUAAUGGAAGAAAAAAUGGAGGAUAAUGGAAGAAAGAAGGAAAGCUAAAGGAUGGAAGACUGACUACGAAGCUCAAAUGACAAAAGCUGCAAAAUGAAGUCUGAAAGGUUAAAGAAAGAGAAAAGAAAAGAACCAAAGGAUGAAGAAGAAAACGACACAUAAAGGUAAUGAACGAAAACAUGACAGAAAAUGAAAAAUAUACGAUAAAAGACGACAUUUAUUCUGGAGGAAACCAGAACUCCCUUAUUUUAAAAGAUAAAUUCACUUUUUAUUCAGUAAAUCUUCCUUUGAUCUCAGUUUGUUUCAGUAAAAAUCAAAUUCAUGCAUCAACUUUUAGUCUCCUUUAUGUUUUAUAUUUAUAUUUAAAUGAACCUUUUAUUGUUGUGUUGCUUCAAUAAGAUGAACUGAGAUUGUUUGUGGUGAAAGUUUAACUGUUUUUAAAGGUUUCUGCAGUAAAACUAAAGAAUAAAAACCAACCAGAGACACGG